AUGUCUUCCUCAUCUAACGAUGAAAUCAACAUGGUGACUCCUCCCAAUUUGGAAACCCAAACACCACCUCCCUCAUCCUCUGCCAAACCAAAGUUUCAUCCCUCUCUCGAUGUGUCCAACGUUAGAAAUAAUAUUCAUAUUGUUCUUGACACGGAAAUUGAUUGUUAUGGCAUCUUGGCUGAGCUGUUUCAGAUUCAUGUCCACUCUCAUCAGGUCCUGCAUCAUAUUGUGUCUUCAGAUAACAAGACUCCACCACCUGUCACUGACCCCACUUAUGACCAUUGGGCCACCUUAGAUGUAAUUGUUCUUAAGUGGAUCUAUUACACUAUUUUGGUUGACUUACAAACCACCAUCAUAAAACCUGACUCAAUGGCUUUGGCUACUUGGACGCAUUUGGCUAACAUCUUCCAGGAUAACUAG